GACGCGCCGAGUUGGCCGGCUGCGGGGCUGGACCUCAGCCUUUCCCCGCCUGGGGCCGCCGCCGCACCAUUGGUUGCUCCGCGUCUCCAAAAGGGGCCCUUGGACUCCUCACUGGGUCAGUCUGGUGCUGGGUCGUGGAGCUCACCACAACUCCCGCUGGUCCGGAACUGGAUCCCUUCUUCCCAGAGUUGCGGGCAACUUUCCCGUCUCCCUGGCGCUGCAGUGGCUCCGGGACCGGGGCAGCCGCUGGUAGCUGAACCCAGGGCCACGCUACCCGCGCCCCGGCUGAGCGCGCGCGUUGGUCUCUCUCUCUCGGUGCACGCUGGGGGUCCCGGAGCUCCGCUCUGCCGGGGAGAUGCCUCUGGGACACAUCAUGAGGCUGGAUCUGGAGAAAAUCGCCCUGGAGUACAUCGUGCCCUGUCUGCACGAAGUCGGCUUCUGCUACCUGGACAACUUCCUUGGCGAGGUGGUGGGCGACUGCGUCCUGGAGCGCGUCAAGCAGCUGCACAGCAACGGAGUCCUGCGGGACGGCCAGCUGGCCGGGCCGCGCGCAGGCGUCUCCAAGCGCCACCUGAGGGGCGACCAGAUCACGUGGAUCGGGGGCAAUGAGGAGGGCUGCGAAGCCAUCAGCUUUCUCCUGUCCCUCAUCGACAGGCUGGUCCUGUACUGCGGGAGCCGGCUGGGCAAAUACUACGUCAAGGAGCGGUCCAAGGCAAUGGUGGCUUGCUACCCAGGAAAUGGAACAGGUUAUGUUCGACAUGUAGACAACCCCAACGGUGACGGCCGCUGCAUCACCUGCAUCUACUAUCUGAACAAGAAUUGGGAUUCCAAGCUACACGGUGGGGUCCUGCGGAUAUUUCCAGAAGGGAAGUCAUUCGUAGCAGAUGUGGAGCCCAUUUUUGACAGACUCUUGUUCUUCUGGUCAGACCGCAGGAACCCACAUGAAGUCCAGCCUUCCUAUGCAACCAGAUAUGCUAUGACUGUUUGGUACUUUGAUGCUGAUGAAAGAGCAGAAGCCAAAAAGAAAUUCAGGAAUUUAACUAGGAAAACAGAGUCUGCCCUCACUGAAGACUGACUGUGUGCUCUGAAUCCGCUGGCCUCAUUCAUUUUAGCAAUGGUUUCUGAAUUCUCUUUAAGAGUUGAGACCCACAGAAGGCCUCUUCAGUGAAUUGGUGAUGUGCAACCCCCUCCUGCUUGCAUCAUUCACAUCCCUGUCUUGCGAAUGGUACUUUGUGUUUUCUUGCCAAGACUGCAUCCAUCUUCAGACACUCUCUUUGCCAGAUGAACUCAUUGUCUAACUCUGAAAACACCUGCAGACGACCUCUCUUGCCAGCGGUUUAACCGAUAGAUUUGGUAAUACUGUCUAUCAAACAAGAGCCCAGAAGCAUGGGCGAGGGAAUAAAUCUUAUUUGCACUUUAUGUACACUUCCUGAUUUGAAAGGAGGAGGCUUACAACGAAGAAAAAAUGGUGACAGGUGCCACAGAGGGGCAUCAUUGAAGCCUUUGACAGCAAGAAACAGGAAUCUGUGCCACCUGAACAAUUUCCAGAUGUUUCUAAUCCAGGGCUGUUGGUGUUUCUGGAGAAUUAUCACAACCUAAUGACAUUCUUACCUCUAGAAAGGGCUGCUGUCUCAGUCACCCAUUUAUAAGUGUCCUGUGGGUAGAUACUCCUUUUUCCUUGUCCUACAACCUGGACUUUUGGGUUCUGCCUCAUUUUACUGAACAUAUGACUUUCUGAUUAAAAAAAAAAAAAGGCAAACCAGGUGUUUUCUAUUUUCACUUCUUACUUGGGGAACCUAGUUCCUCA